GUGCUCCCAUCCCACCGCCAUUGCGAUGGCUUCAAUCUUCACGACGUUCCCGCUGCUGCGCCAGGCAGCUCCUCGUCUUACGCGCGAGUUCUUCACGUGUCGAGCAUGCGUCAAGACUCCCCUCCCGUCCGCCAUACGACCAUCUCUCCGAAAAUCUCCCUUCGCCCAAGUCUUGAGAUCCCAGUCUACACAAACCCAUAGGCCGACUACGAGUGACCAAUCCCCGCUCGGCACUCUAAGUGGAACAAUUGGCGGCAGGGCAGAUGCAAAAGCCACUCCAAAAACAAGCUCUUUCCCGGAGACAAGCGACAAAGCCGUGGCAUACUGGCUAUUGGGGAGCGCGGCAAGCGUAUUUGGGAUUGUUAUUCUUGGAGGGCUGACUAGGCUUACGGAAUCCGGACUCAGCAUAACAGAAUGGCGCCCCGUCACCGGAUCCAUCCCUCCCAUGACUCCCGAAGACUGGGAGAUUGAAUUCACAAAAUACCGAUCUUCGCCUGAAUUCGCCCUCCUCAACCCAAACAUGACCCUCCCCGAGUUCAAGCAGAUAUUCUGGAUGGAAUGGGGACAUCGCCUCUGGGGACGUGUCAUUGGACUCACAUUCGUCGUUCCCACUAUAUACUUCAUUGCGCAGCGCAAGGUAUCGGUGCCGAUGGCCUGGAAACUCAUUGGAAUAUCUGGCUUGAUUGGCUUCCAGGGCGUAAUCGGAUGGUGGAUGGUGAAAAGCGGCCUCCACGACGAUUUAUUCGCGAAGGGAAGCCAUCCCCGCGUGAGCCAGUACCGUCUGACUACGCAUCUAGGCGCUGCUUUCAUCGUUUAUACCACCAUGCUACUUUCUGGCCUCUCUAUCCUUCGCGAACGUUCCCUCCUUAAAGACCCGGAAGCCGCCCAGAAGCUAUUUGCUACUCUGAAGAACCCCAAUCUGCGCCUCUUUCGCGGAUCUGUGACCGCUCUUUCAGUCCUGGUAUUUGUAACAGCUAUGUCUGGUGCGCUUGUCGCUGGUCUUGAUGCCGGUCUCAUCUACAACGAGUUCCCAUAUAUGGGUCUAGGACUUACCCCACCCAAGAAGGAAUUAUUCGAUCCGUUUUACAGCCACGUGCCAGACCAGUCCGACAUUUGGUGGCGAAACAUGCUCGAGAAUCCUUCGCUGGUACAACUCGAUCAUCGCAUUCUUGCGAUGACCACCUUCACGGCCAUCAUGAGUUUGUUUGCAUACACCCGAUAUUCGUCCCGCGUCCGUCCCAUCCUUCCCGCAAAUGCCAGGAAAGGCGUCAUGGGCUCUGUCCAUCUUGUCUGUAUGCAAGUCGCUCUCGGUAUCAGCACGCUGAUCUACAUGGUCCCAACUUGGCUGGCUGCGACGCACCAGGCCGGUAGUCUUGCUCUUCUCACUGGCGUAUUGGUCCUUGGGAGCCGCGUCUCAAUGUCACGCCGUGCUGUUAGGCUCGUGCAACAGGCUGCUAAGCAGCAGUCUGCCGCCCUGAGAGGCUCAGGUAAGCGGAGGCUUGACGUCGGCGUGAAAGGCGUAGAGCAGAAAAGACCGUAAUAUCAUAGUAGCGGCGUGUAUUUGAUUGUAUCAUAGUGUAUAUACUGGAGACGGAUUUCAAGUGCCCAUCGCUGUCAGGUUUGGAUGAAGGAGUUAUUGUAAUCUACGCCUCUCCUUAUCUUCUAGCAAAUGGCUACUCUCCUUAGUAUCAUCAUUACUUUGCUGCUUUGGUGGUAUGUAAAAUCUCGCACGUCUCUUACAGGUCCUAGGCACCAAGCAAAUAUGAAAGUAAUCUCAAACUCAUCAGCAACUCAAACACCAGCUGAAAAACCAGGCAAUUUACCAC